AUGUCUCCCUCGGCAGAGCUUCUAGAGCCGCACGGCGGUGCUGCCAGCACCACGCAAAAGACGGCUCCGGCAAAGACGAUGGCGGCAUCGACCACUGCCGAUUCCAAGCCGGCCGGCGCCAGCCACAACAUUAUCGACAUCCGCCAGGCUUCCGUUGAGAUGAAUCUCCGCGACGAGAUCGUCUCCCAGUUCUGCGCCAAGAAGGGCCCACGUACAAUGCCGACCCUGCUUCUCUAUGAUGAAGCCGGCCUUCAGCUGUUUGAAAACAUCACGUACCUCGAGGAGUACUACCUGACCAACAAUGAAAUCGACGUGCUCACGGCCGCCGCGGCUGAGAUUGCAGAGCUCAUUCCCCAGGACUCUAUGAUCAUUGAGCUUGGCAGCGGCAAUCUCCGUAAGAUCAACUUGCUCCUCCAAGCUCUCGAGACGUCUGGCAAGCGCGUCGAGUACUACGCCCUCGAUCUCUCUCUGCAGGAGCUCCAGCGCACACUCUCCCAGCUGCCGCGCUAUGAAAACGUCCGCUGCUUCGGCCUGCUUGGCACCUACGACGACGGCCGGGAGUGGCUCAAAACGCCUGCCAUCCUGCAUCGCCAAAAGUGCAUCGUGACUCUGGGCUCCAGCAUCGGCAACUUCCACCGCGACGACGCCGCUGAUUUCUUGCGCGGCUUCUCUGACGUCCUGCAUCCGGGCGACUCGAUCCUGGUCGGCCUUGACGGCUGCGUCGACGCCGACAAGGUGUAG